AUGGACUACGACAGUCUCUACGACAAGGACCAUGCCAGUCCCGUUAGCCCCGUCAGUCCGACCGCCCCUCCCAGGGUAUCCCCAUGGCGCCGCCGCAUGCGCCUCCUCGGCUCGACCGUGACCAUCCUGGCCAUCGCAGGGGCAGCCGUGGCUGCAGUGGUCGUCGUGCUCGGACUUGGGCUCGGCCUCGGACUCGGCUUGGGCCUCCACCACGACCACUCCUCCGCUUCCGCCGCCUCGACGAAUGCGACGAAUUCCACAACCAUGCCGCUCCAGCGGGUCCAGACACCCGACUCCAGCACGUACUUUAUGGACAUGACCAUGCAGAACCAGCCGCCCACCACCCGCUACUAUGACUUUGUCGUCGAGGAGCGCAUCGGCGCCCCCGACGGCACGGAGAAGGACAUGCUCGUCGUCAACGGCGAGUCUCUUCCCUCCCAUAUCUCCGCUGUCCCACUCAUUCAUCCUCCCGCAAUUAUUGUUAAUGUCACGAACAAGAUGCCCAACGCAACUGCUAUCCACUGGCACGGCUUAUACCAACGAAACACCAAUUUUUAUGAUGGCACGGAUGGAAUCACGCAGUGUGGUAUACCCCCCGGAGAAUCUAUGGUCUACAACUUUACGUUCGACGAUUACGUCGGUAGCUCUUGGUGGCACGCACAUUACGACACCCAGUACAGCGACGGCAUUGUCGGUGGCCUCGUCGUCCACAGCCAAAACGAAUCCGUCCCUCAGUACGAUGGCGAUCUGCUCAUCUUGAUGUCGGAUCUGUAUCACGGCUUCUCCACAGCGCUUUUGAACUACUACUUUACGCCGGGUGGUAUCGACGGGAAUCCAGGAAACGAGCCCGUCCCUGAUGGAGGCACCAUCAAUGGUGUCGGCCAGUACGGCUCGUACAACUCGACGUUCUUCAACGCCACCCUGGAAGCGAACAAGACGUAUCGGAUUCGGAUCGUCAACCCGGGCUCGUUCGUCGCGCUGUCGUUCUCAGUGGACAACCACACGCUGACGGUGAUCGAGGCGGACGGCACGCCCGUCGAGCCGUUCGAGGUCACCAGCCUCUCGGUCGCCGUCGCGCAGCGCUACAGUGUGCUUCUGACGACGAACGAGACCGCCGGCGCGUACUGGAUGCGGGCAGACCUUGACCAGACUGCGUUCACGUACAACAACCCCGGGUGCGAGACAGAGAUCCGCGGCGUCCUUCGCUAUGGAGUCGCCAACGACACGAUGCCAGACAUUGAGCUCCUGGACAACCCGCCCGCCCUGCCGAGCGGCGCCCCGGGCGCGCUGAACGAAUCCAGCCUCGUCCCCGUGGGCGGGGGACCCACGCCCGAUGUAACAUUCUCGACUUACUUCACAAUAUCGAUGGAGUACGCGGAUGUAGCGAACGACGAUUCACCGUACCUAGCAUUCAUCAAUGAGACGUCGUGGGCGCCGCUGACAAACACGUCGAGUCUGUUCGCGCACCUCGGGAACGACACGACGUCGGGCUCGGCGAACUGGGACGGGUCGCAGCUGAUCACGACAAUUGACGAGGUGUCGACGGUGGAGAUGAUCAUCGACAAUCUGGACGACGGGGACCACCCGUUCCACUUGCACGGGUACAAGUUCUGGGUGAUGGGCUCGGGCAGCGGGCGGUGGCAGGGUGAGAGUGUGAACAACACGGCGCCGAUGUUGCGUGAUACGGUGGUGAUCCCGACGUAUUCGUGGAUGAUCCUGCGCUUCCAGGCGGACAAUGCGGGGUACUGGGCAUUCCAUUGUCACAUCUCGUGGCACAUGGCUGCUGGGCUGUUGUUCCAGUUCAACGUGCUGCCGUCUGUGAGCCAAAAGUUUGUGAUACCGCAGUACAUGGUGGACCAGUGCGCGCAACAGACGGUGUGA